GAUUUCCGCAAUAAUAUCAAGUAUGGCGAAAACGUACGACUAUUUGUUCAAAUUACUGUUAAUCGGGGAUUCUGGUGUCGGGAAAACCUGUGUCCUCUUCAGGUUUUCAGAAGACGCCUUCAACUCGACGUUUAUUUCGACAAUAGGCAUAGAUUUCAAGAUUAGGACGAUAGAGCUCGACGGGAAGAAGAUAAAGUUACAGAUAUGGGAUACAGCCGGUCAGGAGCGCUUCAGAACAAUCACAACAGCGUACUACAGAGGCGCAAUGGGCAUCAUGCUCGUCUACGACAUCACAAAUGAGAAGUCCUUUGAAAAUAUCAAGAACUGGAUAAGGAAUAUAGAGGAACAUGCAUCAGCGGAUGUUGAGAAGAUGGUUCUUGGCAAUAAAUGUGACAUUAAUGACAAGAGGCAGGUGUCCAAAGAGAGAGGGGAGAAGCUUGCACUAGAGUAUGGGAUCAAGUUCAUGGAGACCAGCGCCAAGUCCAACAUCAAUGUGGAAAAUGCGUUUUUGACUCUUGCCAGAGACAUCAAGUCGAAAAUGGACUCAAAAAUGGAAGCCAACACGCCUCAGAGCAGCAGUCACGGAGUUAAAAUCUCCGAGCCUCAGAAAAAGACCAGCUUCUUCCGCUGCAGCUUGCUCUGAGGAUCCCAGCUUUCGUGGCCAGACAGAAAUAGACUGUGCUUUCUUACAGCACUUCCUCGUCUUUUCCUUUUGCUUCCCAACACACAGCCGGUCCUCCAAACCUGCAAAAACCACUAUUGUCCAUAAAUGGAGGACUUCCCCUCCUCUCUUCCUGUUCUAAAGCUUCCAGGACUCCCAUCUCUUCCAUUUUAAGAGGACCAGUUGACUUCAUGAGUCCGAGUGCUUAGCUGGCUAAAGAAUCGGCACAAAGUUUGAUCCAAAUGUUCUAUUUCACUCAAAAUGACCUUAUAUUUUCUUAAUGUCUUUGUUCUGUACUCAUAUUUUACAUAACUGGUAGCACAACAGUGAUUUAUAAAAAGCGUUUAUUAUAGUAAUAUUUUGGAAGUGUGAUGCUUAGAUUUAUUUUUAACAGAGCUUCCCCCCUUUUUUUCUGUUAUAAAAGUCAACCAGAGGCUGAUGGCUUGAACUCCAGUGAAACAGUUGCACUUUUAUUCAUUUUAACAUCAGCAGCUGAGAACCACAUCAACAAAUCUGAAGUCCAUCAGUAGUUAGGUUGAGUUCGUCCCGCUGGUCUGUGUGUAGUUGUUGACAAUCAUUUAAUGUGACUGAAAAAUGUGUUUCGUCCUGCCCUCAUCACUGCCUCUCAAGUGUUUUCACCGUGUUAAAAAAAGAAGCAGCGUUGCAAUGCAUUAUGGUCCGUAUUUUGUCUGCCCUGCUGUCUCAAGGUCAGCUGAGCAGUUUGUGGUUUGAAGGUCUCUGAAGUAGCAUUGGGUUUAAUUUUUUAACAUUUUGUUGUUACCAGUUUGUGUUUUAACUUUGGAAAAAGUAAAAA